CCGCCCGCCCGCCUGCCCGCCGCCCCCAUGGCGCCCCGGGCCCCCACUGCACGGGGACACUAGGACCCUCGGCGUCCCCUUCCCUUCCCCGCCCUGCCCCCCUCUCCCGCGGCGCGAACCCGGGUGUCCACGGCGCCCAGCUUUUGAGCUCGCGUCCCCAGGCCAGCGGGGGGGGAGGGGAAGAGAGGGGACCCCGGGACCCCCGCCCCCCCCCACCCGGCCGCCCAGUCCCCCGGGACCCGGAGAAAAUGUCUUCGCGGACGGCGCUGGCCCCGGGCAACGAUCGGAACUCGGACACGCAUGGCACCUUGGGCAGUGGCCGCUCCUCGGAUAAGGGACCAUCCUGGUCCAGCCGCUCUCUGGGUGCCCGCUGCCGAAACUCCAUCGCCUCCUGUCCCGAGGAGCAGCCCCACGUGGGCAACUACCGCCUGCUGAGAACCAUUGGGAAGGGCAACUUUGCCAAAGUCAAGCUGGCCCGGCACAUCCUCACCGGCCGGGAGGUCGCCAUCAAGAUCAUUGACAAAACCCAGUUGAACCCCAGCAGCCUGCAGAAACUGUUCCGGGAGGUCCGCAUCAUGAAGGGCCUAAACCAUCCCAACAUCGUGAAGCUCUUCGAGGUGAUCGAGACGGAGAAGACGCUGUACCUGGUGAUGGAAUACGCAAGUGCCGGAGAAGUGUUUGACUACCUCGUGUCCCACGGCCGCAUGAAGGAGAAGGAAGCUCGAGCCAAGUUCCGACAGAUUGUAUCGGCUGUGCACUACUGUCACCAGAAAAACAUUGUACACAGGGACCUGAAGGCCGAGAACCUCUUGCUGGAUGCCGAGGCCAACAUCAAGAUCGCCGACUUUGGCUUCAGCAACGAGUUUACGCUGGGCUCAAAGUUGGACACAUUCUGUGGGAGCCCCCCGUACGCCGCCCCAGAGCUGUUCCAGGGCAAGAAGUACGACGGGCCGGAGGUGGACAUCUGGAGCCUCGGCGUCAUCCUGUACACCCUCGUCAGUGGCUCCCUGCCCUUCGAUGGGCACAACCUCAAGGAGCUGCGGGAGAGAGUCCUCAGAGGGAAGUACCGGGUCCCUUUCUACAUGUCAACAGACUGUGAGAGCAUCCUGCGGAGAUUUUUGGUGCUGAACCCAGCUAAACGCUGUACUCUCGAGCAAAUCAUGAAAGACAAAUGGAUCAACAUCGGCUAUGAGGGUGAGGAGUUGAAGCCAUACACAGAGCCCGAGGAGGACUUCGGGGACACCAAGCGAAUCGAGGUGAUGGUGGGUAUGGGCUACACGCGGGAAGAAAUCAAAGAGGCCUUGACCAGCCAGAAGUACAACGAAGUGACCGCCACCUACCUCCUGCUGGGCAGGAAGACUGAGGAGGGUGGGGACCGGGGCACCCCGGGGCUGGCCCUGGCACGGGUGCGGGCGCCCAGCGACACCACCAAUGGAACAAGCUCUAGCAAAGGCACCAGCCACAGCAAAGGACAACGGAGUGCCUCCUCCACCUACCACCGCCAGCGCAGGCAUAGCGACUUCUGUGGCCCAUCCCCCGCACCCCUGCACCCCAAGCGCAGCCCAACCAGCACCGGGGAGGCGGAGCUGAAGGAGGAGCGCCUGCCAGGCCGGAAGGCGGGCUGCAGUGCUGCCGGAAGUGGGAGCCGGGGACUGCCCCCCUCCAGCCCCAUGGUCAGCAGCGCCCACAACCCCAACAAGGCAGAGAUCCCAGAGCGGCGGAAGGACAGCACGAGCACCCCCAACAACCUCCCUCCCAGCAUGAUGACCCGCAGAAACACCUACGUUUGCACAGAACGCCCUGGGGCUGAGCGCCCCUCCCUGUUGCCAAAUGGCAAAGAGAACAGCUCGGGUACCCCACGGGUGCCCCCCGCCUCUCCCUCUAGUCACAGCCUGGCUCCCCCAUCGGGGGAGCGGAGCCGUCUGGCACGCGGUUCCACCAUCCGUAGCACGUUCCACGGUGGCCAGGUCCGGGACCGGAGGGCAGGGGGCGGGGGAGGCGGGGGUGUGCAGAAUGGACCCCCCGCCUCUCCCACGCUGGCCCACGAGGCCACACCCCUGCCCACUGGGCGGCCCCGCCCCACCACCAACCUCUUCACCAAGCUGACCUCCAAACUGACCCGAAGGGUCACAGACGAACCUGAGAGAAUCGGGGGACCUGAGGUCACAAGUUGCCAUCUACCUUGGGAUCAAACGGAAACCGCCCCCCGGCUACUCCGAUUCCCCUGGAGUGUGAAGCUGACCAGCUCGCGCCCGCCCGAGGCCCUGAUGGCAGCUCUCCGCCAGGCCACCGCGGCCGCCCGCUGCCGCUGCCGCCAGCCACAGCCGUUCCUGCUGGCCUGCCUGCACGGGGGUGCGGGCGGGCCCGAGCCCCUGUCCCACUUCGAAGUGGAGGUCUGCCAGCUGCCCCGGCCCGGCCUGCGGGGAGUUCUCUUCCGCCGCGUGGCGGGCACCGCCCUGGCCUUCCGCACCCUCGUCACCCGCAUCUCCAACGACCUCGAGCUCUGAGCCGCCACGGCCCGGGUCCCCUCCUCCUCCUCUCGCUCGUCCCCUUCACCUCCGCAGCAGGGAAAGGGGUCAGGGAGGGGCGUCUCCCUCUGUCGUCACCUCGGUUCCCGCGAGUCCGACGUGGGGACAGAGACUGUGCCCCUGCGCUGUUCUCCGGGGCCGUUGGGCGUGAGAGGAGAGUGAGGGGGCCGAGCGGGGGGGAGCUGGCCCCUUCCUGGAGCCUCCAGCCGGUCCUGUCCUCCCUCACCCUGCCAGGGGGCACCCCCCAAGGAGACUUCGGGGGCACGGCAAGGGCAGAAAGGGAAACUGAGGAGACUCUUCCAUCCCUGCCCCACCCCCCACCCCCAAGAGCUCAAGAAUUAGGCCUUGGGCAGGGGCAGGAAGGGUUGCUGAGCCUAAAGACUGGAGAAUGGGGGGGGGGGGCUGGGAGUGGGAGUCAGAGAGGCAGAUUCCUUCCCCUCCCCUCGUGCUCGAACCCCACCCCCCUUCCUGCCCCAGGCUGGCGCGGGGCACUUUGU